AGCUUGAAUAUGUGCAACUAGAUUUCUUUUGCUAUGAACUUUCUUCUAAGCCGUAUAACUUGAUUGAUAUCAUUUUAAGCUUGUCCAAGACACAAAUUGAAGUCCUCAAAAUGAAUAGUGUUCUUGUAAGAGAAAUGGUGCCUUGGAAAGAAAUGAAUGUUCUGUUGUUUGAAACGCCAAUACGUGAACUUCAUAUAACAAACAAUGACCAUUGUGCUGGAACGCGCUCUUUCCCUAAAGAAAGUUCUAUACCAGCACCAGUCAGUUUGCAAAGUCUUCAUUUGAGUGACAAUUGGAUAGAUAAGAUAUGUCUUAAUUUAACUUUUGUUACAUUUCUGAACUUAACGGGUAAUUCACUUGGUCCGUUCUUAGCGGAAAAUAGCUACAUGCUAACAGAAAAUAGCAGACUUGAGUAUAUAUGUCUCUCAAAGAAUUCAAUCAAGCAUCUAUUUUCCAAAUUAUUCAUUGACCAACCGUAUUUACGCAUUAUUGAUUUAAGUUUAAAUAAGCUGACAGAUGUGAGUUUUGAUUUGUCUUAUUUUGUAAAUUUAGAGAUUUUGAGUUUGUCUAGCAAUGCCAUACGGUUUUUGGACGAUUGGUCAAUGGAAAACAUCGAUAUACUUCUUGAAAAAAGUAAAAGUAUAAAAAUUGACUUUAGCAACAAUAGGUUUCACUGUGACUGUUCCAGAGUUCCUUUUCUAAAUUGGAUGAGAAUUAGUCGUCGUCAUUUCAUUUAUUUUGAUCAGUACAAAUGCAUUUUCAACAAUGCAAGCAGUUCGGAAUUCAAUUCAUUUGAAGAAGGAAUAAUUGUUCUACAGCAAAAUUGUUUGAACUAUAUCAUUUCAAUAAUUAUCACGUGUUCUACUAUAUUCAUCUUCAUAUCAAUAUUACUUAUAACCGCUAUCCACAGACACAGACAGAAACUCCGUUUUAUGUUUUAUACAUUUAGAGGUAGACUUCACUUCUUAUAUUAUAAAACAAAGUUUAAGAACCGGUUUCGGUCUACAAAACAUUCAGAAAACAAUUUGGACUUUAUGUAUGAUGCCUUUGUGUCAUAUUCAGAUGAAGAUCGAGCAUUUGUUUUGAAAGACUGCAUACAAAAUCUUGAAGAAGAAGGAAAUUUGAGGUUAUGUUUACAUCAUCGUGAUUUUGUUCCAGGAGAAGAUAUUACAGAUAACAUUAUACAUGCAAUAGAAAGCAGCCGAAAGACCAUUUGUAUAAUAACAAAAUCUUUUCUACAAUCUUAUUACUGCAUGUUUGAAUACAACAUGGCUAGAAUGGAAAGUAUUCACUCAAGAAAUGGAGAAAUGUUCUCUUUCUUGUAUUUUAUGAACAAUUGUUACCAGAGGAGUUACCUUUGGUUUUAUAUGAAGUUAUUCAGAAACAAACUUAUAUUGAAUUCCCAAAUGACGAACAUGGAAAUAGAAUUUUCUGGGAAAAAAUAAAAGAUGGUAUAUCUGCUUAGUCAUCUUGUCAGCAAUAACAGUAAGCAGAUAUCCAGAUGAGGAACAUGGAAAUAGGAUUUUCUCUGGGACAUUAGGAAUGAUGGUAUCUUUACGUAGACAUCUAAGCGGCUACAACAUAAGCAAAUAUCAGAAUAACGAACAUGGAAAUAGGAUUCUCUUGGGGGAAUAUAAAAGAUCGUAUCUCUGCUUUAGAAUCUUAUCAGCUAUAACCGUGAAUUGAUAACAGGAAAACAUUCAAUUAUGAUUUUCGAGGAGAACGAGAAAAAAAAUUGUGUCCUCGCAUACACUUUGGCGACAAAACAAAAUUUGCCCAGCUAGUUUGUAUAUUUAGGAAUGUCUUACAUACACUGAUAACAUGCUGUUUAACUUUAUUUCUUCAUUGUCCAUAUUCUUUAUCAGCAUCAGUAUUAUA